ACGGGACGAGGAGGGGAUCAGAUCUAGUAACAAGGCGCUCUGCAGUUGUUGGAAAGGAUUUCCACGUGGACAGGAAUCAUUUCCCCCUUCUAUCGCGUCAGGUUUCCGAGUGGCUGAGUGACGUGCCCCAGGCACACAGCAGGGAGUGCAGGGACAAGCGUGCAGCCAGCACGUGGGACUCCAUUUCCUUCCGCGCGGCUGUCCAGUCCCUACCGACCCUCCACCCCCAUUCCCAGCUUCGUUUCGGCGGCAGGAAGACAGACCAGCAUGUGAACCGCGGGUGGGGUGUGCCCGGUAACCCCGCACCUCGAGCCAGACAGCGUCCCCAGGCGGGGGCUUCCGUUCCCCGGCCAGGGGCGGGAGCGUGGGACUGCCCGGGGCCCGAAGGACCGGGGACCCAGGCCUUUUCCCGGCUCCCCCGUGCGCUCGGCGCCACCCGGCUCCCAGCCCCCGCCCCUGCCCCCCACGGCCCCACUCGGCGCGCCCACCCCCAGCCGCCCGCACACCUGCGCGCCCCUCCCCCCUGCCCGCCCCUUCCCCUCGCCCCCGCGGGGAGUGUCCGGGGGCCGCGCCCAGCCGGGGCCGGACGCGCGUGCGAAGCCACCCGCCCGACAGCGGCUGGGGGACGUGGGCCGGGAUCGCGGGGCGGCUGCAGCGGCCGCGGCCGGGGCGCCGCGUCGGGGCCGGGAACUGGGCCAUGCUGGGCCGGCGGCGCGUCUUCGCCGUGGAGCCGCUCGGCGGCCGGGAUGGGGUUGGCGAGGACCUGGCACGCAGCUGUGUAGUACCCGGAGUCAGCAGUACCUACCGAAGGAUCGGGGACGCUGUUCAAGGUUGCUCCCUGGACUCCUGGAAAGGGGAUGGCCAGCUGAGAGGUGUCAGGAGGCAGGAGCCACUUCUCAAACUGGCUUCUCGGGACUCUGGAGUGGAGAUGGUGGUUGGGGACAGCCCCCUGGCCACCUCACCAGGUCUUCCUCAGGACUCUCUGGACUUUGAGCCCACAGGGAGCCCUGAUCCCCGGGCCCUUGCUGCCAUGGAGCCUCCUGCCCACCUGAGCCGGCUCCUGGCCAACCGUAAGCUGGAGCAGGUGCUGGAGCGGUCCCGCCAGCUCCCGACUUCCCCUGUCGGCAUGUCACAACACCACUACUCCCUGAAGCCACCUAUCAAGCCUGAAUGUGAAAUGCCCCCUUUUGGAGCAGGGGAACAGGAGGCCACUGAGGCAGAAACUGACCUAGAGGCAGGUCUGGAAGGAGCAGAGGUGGUGGGGGGCCUGGGGCCUAAGGCCUGGGCCUGUCUCCCAGGGCAGGGUCUCCGCUAUCUGGAACACCUGUGCCUAGUGCUGGAGCAAAUGGCAAGGCUCCAGCAGCUCUACUUGCAGCUGCAGACCCAGAGGCCCCCAGGGGCGAGCGAGCUGCAGGUCGGGCAGGAUCCUGAAGCGGUGGAGGGGGAGUGGGGGGAGCAGCAGCAGCGGCCACCGCCACCAGCCCUGGACCCUUCGCCUCCACCUUCUUGUGCCCCAGGCGGUGAGGUACAGGAACUGCUCAGCCAGACCCAGGAGACAGGGGCCAACACAGCUUCACCCCUAAAGGUAGGGGUUCCCGGUGCCAACCCUCCCAGGCUUUUAGAGGCUUCAGCAGAGCCAGCUCAUAUCUUUCCAUCCUCCCAGGGACACAAGCGGGAUCUCUCCCACUGGAACAAGGUCAAGGUCCUGCUCAACCGGAUCCGUUGGAGAAGCUCGAAACACUCUGAGUCCUCUGCCCCUCCUGAUGGCCCUGCCCCAAGGAUUGAGUCAAGGGGUGUCCCUGAAAGACCUCCAUUCCAGCCCCUCCGGAAGACCUUUAUGCCAUCAUUUGUGGUUAAGAAGCAACGAGCCAAAAACCUUUCUGUAUGCUGAGAAUUCCUGGCGCAGGGACAUGACCUUGGGUGGAGGGGUGUGCAGUGCAGUCAUCUUCCUCGCCCUUUGCCCUGUUACUGUUUCUGGGCACUGCCAGGAAAAGCUGCUGAUGCUCACCCUUCUCUCUGAGGAGAAGGCUGGACCUUUCUCCUCUGGGCAGCCUGGCAGAGGAGCCCUGGUUCCCUGAGUGGCCCCAGGGUGUGGCAGCCCCUGGGCGCCUUGCUGGUUGCCAGAAAUCCCUGGGCCUAGACAAUGUGAACUAACUUAUUUAUCAGGAGUCCAUGGAGCAUGUUUGGCCUGGUGAUCUAUUGGGGCCUAGCAUGUCGCAGAUGUGUAUUUAUGCAAAGUGAUACGUGUAUCUCUGCACGUCUGUCACUGUUGUGAACUGGCUGGAUCCAACCAUGUCUUCUGAAUCAUGCAUUCAAAGGGUUUGUCUGGGUGAGGUAAAGGAUGGCCACCUUCAUUCCUCAGUGGGCAGUUACUGAUUUGGAAUCUUGCUUUCCUCCUCACACCCUCGUGGGCAGCCCUAAGACAGAGAAGGGUGCUAUCUUGGGUUCCUCUGCAUUGAGUCUUGCCUGUGGAGCAGAGUCCCUGAAGACUGAACCUGGAAUAGAAAGGUCAGGGACAACAUGGAGAAUAGCAGAGUAAUCUUCAAGGUCUGCCUUUAGCUGCUUUGGUCCCUAAUAACCUUAACACAUCAGAGUUGAAACCAGAGACUCAUUCUAGCUUUUGACUCUAGACUCAUAGCUUCCUACUUAAUCUCCCAAAUGGUCUAAUGAUACCUGCCCUACCUACCUCACAGUCUUAUUAAUGAAGAUAAAACGAGAUGAAA